UCAGAAGACAAGAUUUAAAAAUGGCUAUCGGUGCAGGAAUGUCUUGUGUGAAAUAUCUGCUGUUUUGCUUCAAUCUAUUGUUCGCGAUCACUGGGUUGAUAAUCCUGAUUGUGGGUAUCAAAGCUGAGAUCAACUCUUCACCAUACAUUGACCUGACUGAUGAGAACUUCUACACUUCAGGACCUAUUGUCCUGAUCAUUGUUGGAGUCAUUGUGUUCAUAGUUGCCUUCUUCGGUUGCUGCGGAGCUGUUAGAGAGAACCACUGCAUGAUUGUCACUGUGAGUCUGCUUUUUUAUUUAUUCAACUAGUUUAAUAAUUUAUUUAGCUGAUGACCCAUCAGCGGCCUAGCCUUUCCCCAACUAUGUUGGGGUCAGUUUCUUUUUUCAGUUAAGUUGUACUAAGAAAACUGUGCAAUUCAAUUUAACAUACAUUUGAACCUGUAGUAGAAAUAUACAAUAAUGAGACAAUGUUUAGUACAGUUAUUCUGGAUGAAAAGUUUAAUGGGUUAGGUACUUCUACUGGGUACAACUUUCAGUAAUGAAAACAAUGACUGAGAACAGAAUAGAGGGUUGAGGGUUUUCAAAAACAGCAUUAGUCAGAUAACUACAAUAAAUUUAAUUAAUCAAUUGCUGAAAACUCAUGUUCAGUACACAAUUGUUUUAAAAGCUAUUUCUUAAAAUAUUGAUAAAUAAUCAUGAAGUUAGUCUUUGAAUGCCCUUAACAAACUCACGAAAAUUGACAUGAUUUAUUUAUGCAUAUGUUAGCAAAAUUUAUUUAUUCUACUACACACGCAUGCUUUAUAUUUAUACAGAUAUGUAAAUAUUACUAUCAUAACGAAUCUACAUACCUACCUAUCAAUGUAGGUAAUCGGCACAUCGUCACAAAUGAAUC